UUGGAGGGAGCGAGAGCCACCGAGUCGGGGAAAGAAGUGCAGCUGGGGAAGGGAGAAACGGGUGGCUUAAUUCGAGGGGGAAGCAGCGGCGGCAGCAGCAGCGGGAGGGAGGGAGAGAGGGGGAGCUCCCAAGCCCGAAACGGGGGACUGAGCCAAGGCUUGCCGUGGGACCAGCGGAGCCUUAUGGCACGGAGGGGAGGCGAGAGUCUGCAGAGCGGCAGAGAGGAGGGGAGACCCUCCUCCCCAAGUGGACCGUGAGGAGCUCUGCGAACAGAAAAGAGAGGCAGGAGGGGGCAGCCAGGGCACUAUGCGACCAGGGGCGGCUGCCUCCACCGUUGCCGCCGCCGCCGCCGCCGCCACUAGACUGAGGCUGGAGUCCCCCAAGAUGAGAACGGAGGGCUCACUGGAGACAGCCCGGCGAUUGCCAGUGAGCAGCAGCAGCACGGUGGACUACAGCCAUGCCAGGUGCUGACACAAUGAGAGCAAGCGCAGCGACCGAUGUGAGCAGCAAGCGCAAGACCAGUGUCUGCAAAUCUAGUGAGAGGGUCAGGUUUGCGAGUAUAAAUAAUACAACCACAGAGACGGAAUUUCAGUCUGGGCCUUCAAAGGGGAGGUGCUUGGAGAAUAUUAUCAUCACACCCAAGCUCCUGCAUAAGCCAGAGCCAUCUUCUGUGGUAAAGAGCACGCUGAAAGCACUGGAGAACUUGAUGUUGGAUCCAAGGCUGGACUGCUUUCAGCAGAACAUGUUCAGCCCCAAAAUGAUCAUUGGGGACCCCUCUGUAGAUCUUAGCAUCCGGGAAAGUGGCAGGAUUAUAAGGAAGCAGAUAGGAGGUGCUCAGAACCUGCGGACUGUUGGAAAAGUUAGUCUGAAAAAUAAACCUUCAAGUAUCAAGGACAAGAUUUCAGAAUGGGAAGGGAAAAAGAAAUCUCCGUCUCCAGUAUCCCCCUGGAAGGAGGAAGAGCAAGGAGUUAAAGAGGAAUUCAGUUCAUUUUUGGGUGUGGUGGAGAAGAUGACCAGAGAAAGUGCAGUGACAAGGGAAGCGGAGGCCAAGAGAAUUAUAAAUUGGCAGGUGGAAUGUAAAGGGGCAAGCAAAGAAAACGAAAGAAGAACAGGAAUUGCAAAAAGUGCUGGCCAAGCAACGGAGAGAAAAGUAGACGUGAAGUUAAGGGAAGAGAAACCUCAUGCCCACAUUGGCAAAGAGAACGAGUUGAAGGACAGCAAGAAAGAUGGCCAGAAGGAGAACCUCUCUGUGCUGAGUCAAGUCAAGAAGUUGGAGCAGGCUUUGAAAGGAGGUUCAGCUGAGCUACAGCCACAGCUACCAGGUACUUAUUAUUCUCCACACAGUCUGCAGGAGAAAGCAGAUGAGGGGCAGAGCCCCUCCGAGGGCCAGGAAAGUAUUGGCAGGCCAGAACUAAAUAAGCGUCUCCUUGCCUCAGAUUCCGAAGCCAGCGAGCCAAUCUUUGGGACUCUGGAAGAAGUGAAAGCAUCUCGGGGGAAAGACAAAACCAGCAAUGAGGAAAAUGUGUACACAGAGCCAGGCUUACCAGAGAAGAAACCUUUUAUCAAUCCCCUCCCCAAGCCUCGGCGGACUUUCAAACACGAGGGUGAAGAGGGAUGGGUGCCCCUAAUUAGGAAUAAGAGAAAUUUGCCCCCUCUGCCCUCCAUCCCUCCUCCUCCUCUCCCUUCUUCACCUCCUCCUUCAGCUGUCAGCAGAAGACUGAGGAAUGGAAAGCAUAAGUCGAAUGCCGAUCACCGGAAGUCGUAUGAAUUUGAAGACUUGUUGCAGUCCUCCUCUGAGAACGGCCGGGUGGAUUGGUAUGCUCAAACCAAACUAGCCCUAACGCGCACUUUAUCCGAGGAAAAUGUCUAUGAAGAUAUCCUAGAUCCACCAGCAAAAGAGAACCCCUAUGAAGAUAUUGAGACAAAUAGCCGUUGCUUGGGGAAGAAAUGUGUCCUGAACUUUCCAGUGUCUCCUUCAUCUUCUGUUCCUGGCACACCUACAAAGCUGCUCUCCAAACCCAUCUUCUUUCGGCAGAACUCAGAACGACGAAGUUUCAAGUUAUUGGACAUACGGAAAUUGAACCGCGAUGGGGCAGGUUCUCCUUCCAAAAUCAGUCCCCCAUCCACCCCUAGCAGCCCGGAUGAUACUUUCUUCUCCUUGGGUGAUCCUCAGAAUGGCAAGAGGAGGAGAAAAAUUCCCAAGCAGCUGGUGUUAAAAAUCAAUGCUGUUUAUGAGGCACGAAGAGGAAAGAAACGAGUCAAGAGGUUGUCACAGUCGACAGAGAGCAGUUCUGGAAGAGUUACUGAUGAAAACAGUGAAUCAGAUAGCGACACCGAAGAGAAACUGAAAGCGCACAGCCAGCGCCUGGUCCAUGUGAAGUCUCGCCUGAAACAAGCCCCCAGGUACCAAACCUUGGAGCGGGAUCUGAUCGAAUACCAAGAGAGGCAGCUCUUUGAGUACUUCGUGGUGGUGUCAUUGCACAAGAAACAGGCUUGUGCCCUGUACGUCCCGGAAGUCACGCAGCAGUUUCCGUUAAAGCUGGAACGUUCCUUCAAGUUCAUGAGGGAGGCAGAGGACCAGUUGAAAGCCAUUCCCCAGUUUUGCUUCCCUGAUGCAAAAGACUGGGCGCCUGUCUGCCAGUUUACCAGUGAGACUUUCUCGUUUGUCUUGACUAGUGAAGAUGGCAGCCGAAGGUUUGGAUACUGCAGAAGACUACUGCCCAGUGGGAAAGGGAAGCGUCUUCCUGAAGUUUACUGCAUCGUGAGCCGCCUCGGAUGUUUCAACCUCUUUUCUAAGAUCUUAGAUGAAGUGGAAAAAAGACGUGGGAUUUCCCCUGCCUUGGUGCAGCCCCUCAUGAGGAGCGUCAUGGAAGCUCCUUUUCCAGCUUUGGGCCGAACCAUCACCAUCAAGAACUUUCUGCCUGGUUCUGGAACCGAAGUAAUAGAGUUGCGUCGACCCCUUGACUCACGGCUCGAACACGUUGACUUUGAGUCCCUGUUUUCCUCUCUCAGCAUCCGGCACUUAAGCAGAAUCUUUGCUUCCCUACUGCUGGAGAGAAGGGUCAUAUUUAUAGCAGACAAACUCAGCACCUUGUCGAAAUGUUGCCAUGCCAUGGUGGCGCUUCUUUACCCCUUCACAUGGCAGCACACCUACAUCCCUGUGCUUCCUCCUUCCAUGAUUGACAUUGUAUGUUCGCCAACUCCCUUUCUGAUUGGCCUGCUCUCCAGUUCGCUGUCCCGCCUCAAGGAACUGCCAGUGGAAGAGGUCCUAGUGGUUGACCUUGUUAAUAACCGGUUCCUCAGACAGAUGGAAGAUGAAGAUUCAAUUUUGCCUCGGAAGCUGCAAGGGGCACUGGAGCACAUCCUGGAGCAGAGGAAUGAGCUGGCCAGUGACAAGGAGGAGGGUGCUCCUAAUGGCAAGCAAGAGUCCAGUCCCUUGAACGAAGUGGUGUCAGAAGCGUUUGUCCGCUUCUUUGUGGAGAUUGUGGGGCACUACUCCCUCUUCAUGACGCCCGAGAGGGACGAGAGGACCCUGCAACGGGAGGCCUUCCGGAAGUCGGUCUCUUCCAAGAGCCUCCGGCGGUUCCUGGAGGUCUUCAUGGAGACUCAGAUGUUUGGGGGUUUCAUUCAGGAACGAGAGUUGCGCAAACAAGGAGCUAAAGGCCUUUUUGAGGUACGUGCCCAGGAGUACCUGGAGACCCUCCCCAGUGGAGAGCAGAGUGGCGUCAAUAAAUUCCUGAAAGGAUUAGGUAACAGGAUGAAAUUUCUCCAUAAGAAAUAAAAGCUCAGAGUGCCACUGCUGCGAAGGAGAAGGAAUUUCGAUUACAGUUCAGCAGACGCAAAAUGGACCAAGUCUUUCAUUUUACCAAUUCCCACUCGCCUGCUCCAACAGAGGGGAAAGCCCAACCCAGGAGGCAGGAUGUCCAGGAUUUACACUUUUGUGAAAAGCUGGCCUGUGGGGACAAAGAUGCCGCCAGGACAGGUCUCGGGGUGUCUACAAAGAACAUGCACUGGACCCAGCACUCUCGGAGCGCUUUGCAGACUCCACCGUGGUCUUUACUUCUUAGCUAUUACACGUUUUUCUAAAUGUUGUUUUUUAUUUAUAUUGGGGUUAGGAAGACUAUUAGCCAAUGACACUUGCCUGUGCCCCUCUCUCAAGCAGCAGCAGGGACGUACAGGAUGGAGGCUGCGUUAAUCUGUACUAUAAGGUCAUGAUACUGAAGCAACAGAGAAAGGGGACAGGCAGAGAGCUCUGUGACUGGAUAACGUGGGGACAUUUGGGGCAUGCGGAGAUGGCCUGGGAGAGGUUCCAAAGAAGGGAUGGGGAUGGAGCUCAGUCACGGAACCUCUGCUUUGCAUGCUGGAGGUCCCCGGUUCAAGCCCUGGCUUCUCCAGGUAAGGCUGGGAAUUGCUCUUAUUUGGAAUCCUGGAUUGCUACUGGCAGUCAGUGUAGACAAUAUCAAGUUAGAUAGACCAAUGGUCUGACUCAGUAGAUGGCAGCUUCCUAUGUUCAUAAGUGAUGGGUGGAGGAGGGUGAGGUGUGGAAACCACUGAAGCUGCUGGGAAUUUGCUAACCAACCAAGCAACCACUAUGGGAUGGAAGAUGGAUGCCCCUCCUAGAAUUUGGAGGACAUGCAUGCGCCCUUCCUUGGACUUAGCUGAAAGUUGGAUGUGAUGUAAUUAAAAGUGAGUGAUAUUAAAAAAAAACAAAACA